AUGGCACCCGCCGCGCCCGCGCUGCUGUGGCUCUGCAUCGGCGCGCCCCUGCUGCCGCGGCUGGAGGCGGCGCGCGUGCGCGGCCGCCCUGCUGCGGGCCCGCGCCCGGCGGCCAGGGGGUACAACUUCGAGCGCUUCGUGCAAGACUUCGGGCGCAGCUACGCCCCGCACGGGGCCGAGUACCACCGCCGCGCCGGCCUGUUUGAGGAGUCGCUUGCGCAGAUCCACAGCGUCAACAUCCGAAACGCGGCAGAGGGCCGCCACUGGGUGGCGGGCGUCCACAAGUUCAUGGACUGGACGGAUGCCGAGAGGAGGUCCCUGCACGGCUACAAGCCCUCGUCCGUGCAUCGCAGGACCGCAGCGCUGCAGGUGGGCGCCUCCGCCUCGACGGGCCGCCGCGCGGCUGCCGGCGUCAACCGCACCGCGCGCCGCGCCGACGUGGACUCGGUGGAGGACCAGGGCCCACCGCUCUGGGACCAGGGCAACUGUGGUUCUUGCUGGGCCAUCUCGGCCGUGGAGGCCGUCGAGGCCCAGCUGAUGAAGCAGAACGGCGGGAUGAACACCCGCCUCUCGGCGCAGGCGCUCGUCGACUGCGUGCCCAACCCGCGCAAGUGCGGGGGCUCUGGCGGUUGCGACGGCGCCACGGGAGAGCUCGCCUACGAGUACAUGCGGGACCACGGCAUCCCCGUGGACGCCGAGGCGCCGUACACGGGCCGCACAGGUGUUUGCGGCAGCAGCUUCCUGCAGUCUACGUUCACGGGCACGCGAGCGCGGGUGGGCGGCUGGACCAACCUGCCCAGUAACCAGGCAGGCCCCAUGAAGCAGGCGCUCGUGGAGACCGGCCCUAUCGUUGUGGCCGUGGAUGGCGGCGAUUGGUUCAACUACGACGCCGGGAUCUUCGACGGCUGCCCCAAGGACGCCGUGCUGAGCCACGCGGUGUUGCUGAAGGGCUACGGCGACGAGGGUGGCAAGAAGUACUGGACGAUUCAGAACUCGUGGGGAAGGGAUUGGGGCGAGCACGGGGACAUCCGCCUGCUGCAGCACGAGGACGACCGCGCCUACUGCGGCUGGGACAGCAAGCCCACGGAGGGCGUCGGCUGCGAGGGGGGGCCUCCGAAGGUCGAGGUCUGCGGCAUGUGCGGCCUCCUGUACGACCCCGUCGUGCCCACGGGCGUCUACCUGGAGCACGGGGGCGGCGGCUUCGACGGCGCCGCCGCGGCCGCACCGCCCGCAGACGGCAGCCCGUUCGCACCUGCGGCGGCGGCCGACCCGUUCGCGACCGCAGCGGCGACCGACGCCCCGGAGACAACGGCGGCCCCUCGGGCCGCCACGACCGUUCACAACCUCGCGGAGGCGCCGGGGGCCCCCGUGCUCAGGGAAGGUACGGCGUCCUGGUGCUACGCCAUCGAGCAGCAGCUGGCCCAGGUGGUGAAGUGGGUGGAGGACCAUCAGGGCGAGUACGUCUUGUCGACCGACACAGAUAUCCAGUUCUUCCCGCGGUUCUUUCAAGUUCAGCAAGAAUGGCUUCUUUGGAUGCGCAGGGACUCCCUCGACAUGAUCUUCAUGCGGGAGCGGACUCAGCUGAUGCCGGAGCUGCGCGAGGGCGAAGUGAACACGGGAUUCUACAUUAUCCAUUGCAACGAGCGGACGCUGGCCUUCUGGCGGCAGGUGCUUUCUGACGAGCUCAUGCACCCCAAGAUGGAAGGAUGUCCACCGUACACGGAUCAGUACCACGUGAACCGCGCGCUGCUGUACAAACGUGGUGCCAGUCCUCAGCGUGGCGCUUUCGGUGUUCGGUGCGCCGCGCCGACUUUGAUGAUGCAGCCCUGUCCACGUCGCGAUGUGGUCACACUAUAG